AUGGCGGAGACGAUCGCGGAGCGGGCGAGCGAGGCGGCGAAAGAGCUCGAACAGCGCGCGGACGAGGCGUUCGGGAUGAAGGAGGGGACGGGAACGGGGACGGGGACGACGAGCGGGACGAGCGGGACGAGCGCAAAGGACGAGGGAGACGCCGUCGCGGGGAACGCGCCGGCGACGGAGAAAACGCACGAGGUGAAAGAAAAAGCGGCGCCGAAAGCGACGCCGAAAGCGGCGCCGAAAGCGACGCCGAAAGCGACGCCGAAAGUGGCACCGAAAGCGGCGCCGAAAGUGGCGCCGAAAGCGGCGCCGAAAGUGGCGCCGAAAGCGGCGCCGAAAGCGGCGCCGAAAGCGGCGCCAAAAGCGGUUGAUAAGGCGGACGAGAGCGAUGACGAGGAUACAAUCGAACCCGACAUCGAUGGUAGUCGUUUAGAGGCGACGUUGAAGGAGCUUAAAGCGGUGAGAAAGCAGCUCACCGCGCGAGAAGACGAAAUCGCCAGGCGAGCGGAACAACGGGCGUCGUUGGACGCCGAACAGGAAGAAUACGCCGAGCGCGCGGCGCAGGCUGAAGAGUCGCUCGCCGAUGCCGAAGCUCGAGUGCGCGAGCUCACAGAGCAGUGCAAGACUCUUAGAAAACAAGCCGAAGCCGGCGCUGGAGCGGACAUGCUCGUCAAGGAGAAGGAUGAAAUUAUCAACGAAGUCAUGGCAGAGGGCGAGGCGCUCAGUAAGAAGCAGGCGGAGAUGGAAGGUAUCAUUAAAAAGCUUAGAAAAGAUUUGAGAGAGCGUGAAGAGGCCCAUCAAGGACUAAGCAGGGAGCUCGAAAGCAAAGGCGCGUCCAUCAGCAAGCUCACGGCGGAGUUGAAAGCCGCGCGCGAUGAAUACGUGGCGGAUAAGACUCGUCUGACGACGCAAUUGAACGAGCAAAAGGAGUAUUAUUUAUCGAAAUUGGCGCAAGCGAAAGAAGAGCUAACGGAUGUUGAGAUCAAGGCUAAUGUGGCGCGAAGCGAGGAUUUGGCGAGCGAGCUCAAGAUUGUGCGCGAACGCGAGCAGAGUCUGAAGGAUCAACUCGCCGACUUGCAACAUUCGUUGCAACGCUCGAGCGCGGCUUUGGAGCGCCAGGAGGAAAGGUUCAAGAACGAUCUAGCUGCCGUCGAAGAGCGUUGUCAGCUCGCAGAGAGUAGUCACGAUGAGUUACUCAGGAGAAUGCCCGAAAGCACGCGUCCGUUGCUUCGGCAGAUUGAGGCGUUGCAGCUGCAGGCGACGGAGAACGCCGACGCAUGGACCGCGACAGAGAGGGCGUCGGCUUUGCGCCUGGCUGACGCCGAAUCGCGCGCAGAAGCAGCUGCAGAGCGCGAAGCGACGGCUAUAGAUGAAAAGAUGUCGGCGAUGAAGGAUACGCAAAUCGCGAUGAAUCGAGCAGAGAAGCUUAAGGCGGAAAUUGACGCCUUGAACGCGGAGCUCGAGGUGCAGCGUGCGAAAGCCUCGGCGGAGGCAGUCAAAUCGGCCAAAUUUAGUGAAUCUUUCGCGGAACAAGAGGGUCGACUCUCCGUGGUGGAAGAAGAGGCUCGCGAACGCGAGUCUAAGGUGAAGCAAUUGCUCGCACAAGAGCGUGGUAAGCAUAAGCAGCUCGGCGAGACGUGGGAUCGAGAACGCGCCGAAAUGCUCGCAGCUACGGCCAAGCUGGAGAGCGACUUGAAACUCGCGCGCGAUGAGGUGGAUUCUUUACAAAGCAAAUAUGAUGGCGAUCGCGCGAGCGAAAACUCGGCGAAAGCCGCGCCUGCACCCAUGCUCACCGGCGGCGAAGCCGGCUUGAGUCUUGCCGUGCGCGAUACUUUAGCCGCGCUCAAGAGCCAACUCGCCGCGCGAGACACCGACCUUCACAUCGCGCACGACCAGAUCAAAAAGUUAGAACAAACGCGCGACUCGCUCGCGAACGAGCUCGUGAAGAGCGAGCAGCUCGCCGACGGCGGCGCCGCCGUCGGCGUCUCCGCCGCGCUGGAGAAGCGUUACGCCGCCGCGCUCGAAGUCAUCGGCGAGCGCGAGGAGGAGUGCGACGAGCUCCGCGACCGCAUCCAGCACCUCCGUGCGAUGUUAGACUCCCAAGCGCAGCGCAUCUCUGCGCUCGAGCUCGCCGCGUCGACGUCCUCGAGCCAUCAGUAGCGCGC